AGGCACCGCGACAGCGAAGGCGCCUUCUGCAGCUUUAUGCCUGCAUGGGUAGGUCUGGAGGAUACGAAGGAACCGAUCUCGAAAGUUGCUUCAUACAAAAGGACUAUCUAUAAAUAGUUCCUGGGACUAUAGUAUAACGUCGUCUGUUCGGCAUCUGAAACACCUGGUUAAUAGUGUAGUCAUGGCUCCAUUAAUGUUGUUGUCAGCAAGUGGCGGUAGCCUUCUGGCUAAGUCCUUGGGUUUGUGCUCUAGUUUUUCCAGCUUUGCAAGGUGGACCAGUGCAUUUCCAGCCACCAAGUGCUUCUCCACAACCUCAGGAGGGCCUCCGAAAAGACCCCUCAAUGGAUAUAUGCGAUUUCUGAACCAGCAACGACCAAUAGUCCUCAGGCAGAAUCCAGCUAUUCAAUUUGUGGAUAUCACCAAGAAGGUGGCCCAGCAGUGGAGGACACUGAGUCCUGAGCAGAAACGGCCUUUUGAGGAGGCGUCAGCGGUGGAAAGAGAGCGUUUCAAAGUUAUUCUGAAGCAGUACCAGGCCCAGCUAUCCCCAGCCCAGAGCAUUGCCCUGGCAGAGGAGAGGAGAGAGAAGCUGGCUCAAAGGAAGGCUGUCAGAAAGAAAAGGGAGUUAAACAGGUUGGGGAAACCCAAGCGUCCCCGUUCAGCCUUCAACAUUUACAUGACAGAGCACUUUGAGGAGGCCAGAGGGAUCACUUUUCCGAUGAAGAUGAAGACACUGUCGGAGGACUGGAAAAAAAAGACAGAUUUUCAGAAACAAGUGUACAUGCAGCUCUCAGAGGAUGACAUGGUGCGCUACAAAAAUGAGAUCAAGGCAUGGGAGGAGCAGAUGGUGGAGAUUGGACGAGAGGACCUGGUCAGGAGGAAGUGGUUGGUCAGGACAAGGGCUGCGGUAACAGGGGACACUGGAGUCAAAAAGAAAAGAACUGUCACCAAGAAGAAGACUGUAGCCAAGAAGACUGUAGCCAAGAAGACUGUCGCCAAGAAGACUGUCGCCAAGAAGGGCUCUAAAGUAGUAAAGAAGGUGGUUACUGUGAAGUCUGCAGGAGGGAAGAAGGCCUAAGUGAAGAAACCACAUCAGACACAAGGUCCUAGCCUCUAUACCAAAGUGGGGAUGAUUGAGCUAGAACUACAGUGCUUAGACCCAUCAGCUCUUCACAUAUCUCCACUCAUGUGUGUUUGUAAGGGCCUCUUGAGUUUUGAUGUAGAACAAUGCCAAGGAGUUGGUCCACUGGAAGCAGUGUUGGAUGCGUUAGGAAGUUACCGUCCCGUACCGUUUUUUUUUUCCUCGGUUAAAGUACCUACUAGUUGUGCAUAAUCUGUCAUACAUUGUACAGUUGGCAUCAUAAACUGAGAAAUACCAAGUUGAGUGUAUAAAUACCAAGUCAAUAACAUUUUCAACUGACAUUGCUUGGAAAAGAAUCACAAAAUGCUUUGUUUCACCAUGCUCUGUAUGAAAUGCUUUGUUACUGUAAUAAAGCAGUUGUCAUUUCAAUAA